AUGUUUCUCAUGUCGCUGCCAAAUUCAGACCAUGAUGUUGCCGUAUCAGACUACCGUGCACUCUACGAGCAAAUAUGGAACACGCCUUCACCGACUCUGGAAUUGGCCAGGUCACCACUGAUGCAGCCUGCACCACCGACGAUGACUCUCGAGGAACGGACGGCGCUCACAUACCAAAGAGCAAGAGCCUUGGCGCACGCCCACAACUUGUCAUUGAAGGAUGUAGUUGAAAUGACCCCAGCCUUCUGGAAACUUCACGUAGACAUGCUCACCGCUAUGGACGGCGGCGCCAUCAACCUGCUUAGCGUCCAGUAUAAUCUUUUCGUCGGCACAGUUGCUCGAUUUGCUGCCACACAUCCAGAAUUGCCGUCCAUUAUAGAGAAGGCAUUAAGGGUUGACAUCUCAUCACAAUUCAUGCUUACUGAGCUCGGACAUGGCUUGGAUGCUCGCAAUCUUGAAACGACGGCGACACUUCUGCCCAAUGGCGGCUUUGAAUUACAUACACCGUCUCCGAACGCCGCCAAGCAAGUGACCAUAUACUCCAGCCUCCCGACCAUUGCAGUAGUAAUUGCCCGUCUCAUUGUCAAAGGAGAGGACCGCGGAGUCCGGCCGCUCCUGGUUCCCAUGUCCGAUGGCACCAAGAUGUGCACAGGAAUUACAUCAAAAGUUUUUCCACUCCGCCCGGGCGCGAAUCCAAUCGACCAUGCCCUGACCUUCUUUGACCACGUACAACUCCCGCCUUCCGCGCUGCUGGGCAGCCUGGAAAAGCCACGCAACGAGCGCGACAACUUUCUAUCCACCAUCCACCGCAUGGGCGCCGGAACCCUCUUCCUAGCCGGCGCGUGUAUUCCAUUAAUCAAGAUGGCCGUGUACAACGCCAGCAAAUUCAGUUUCCGGCGCCACAUCCUCGGACCUGACGGACAGCCGAUGCCCGUGAUCAACUUCCGGACGCAGCAUCUUCCCAUUUUGCACGCUAUUGCGCGCGCCCAUGUUCUGCAGGCGUUCUUGAUUUACGCCGGGAGGCAAUACUGCAUUGAGGCUGAUUCGCGGCUCCGCCAUAUCUUUGCAACGACGUUUAAAGCAGUUACGAUUCAUCACUUCAAAGAUAGUCUCCAGCCUAUCAAUGAGGGCUGCGGCUGGCAGGGGUAUUAUGAUCGCAAUCAAAUCCUCGCCGCCAGUCUGGAGUUCAACGCCGUGGCAACCGCAGAAGGCGACGUUCGAGUCUUAGCCAUCCGUCUCGCCAGCGAGCUCCUAAUCGGCCGCUAUGAGGUCCCACCACCAGUGAAACCCAACAGCCCCGUCGCACGCCACGAAGCAGGUCUCUUCGCUGAAGCUCGGGAGUUAAUGAAGCGCUUCAGCAACAAACACCGCAGCGAAGCUUUCAAUCGCAUUAUUCUCCCCCUGUGUCUCCCCUUGGUCCUCGCGAUCGGUUAUCGUAUGGCACUCGAGGCCGCUGAGAACGUCGGCAUCGAUCCCAAGCUCCGCGCCCUCUACGAAGCUGGAGUUCUCAAGGAGGAUGCUGGCUGGUUCGCAGAGAAGGGCGGUAUUAGCCGUGAAGAGGGGCGCACCAUGGAAGCGCAGGCAGCUGAUGCUGUCCUCCCGGAAUUGCCGCGAUUGGUCGAGGAAACUGGAGUCGAGCCGUAUUGUACUGCCCCUAUGACCUCACAGGCUUUAUGGGAUGGGUAUCUUGGGGAGUUGGAGACGUUCUCGGGGGAUGCUGUGUGGAAAUUUGAAGAGAUGAAGGCGCGGCUUUGA